UUUACAGCGAGCGAGCCCGAGCUGGUGGUACGGUGAAGGCUUAGAAGUCACGUUGAAUUUCCUUCUUUCUGCAGUCUGUAUAUGAUAAAGCUUCAAAAUCAAGCGAUAUGGAAAAUCAGAAAAUUGGCAUCGUGGGAAGUGGAUUGAUAGGGCGGAGCUGGGCGAUGAUCUUUGCCAGUGCUGGAUACAAUGUCACAAUAUUUGAUAUAGAGCCCUCUCAGGUGAGCAAUGCCCUGAAGUUGAUCAAGGAACAGCUAGAGGAGUUGACUUCAUCAGGGAUGUUGAGAGGUACCCUGUCUGCCGAGGCCCAAUAUGCUCUCAUUAAAGGAAGUAAUAGCAUGGAGGAAGCUUUAUCAGGAGCACCAUUUGUACAGGAAUGUGUCUUUGAGAAUCUUGAAGUCAAGCAGAAGGUGUUCAGUGAGAUGGAGCAACAUGUUGGGGAUGACACCAUAUUGAGUAGCUCGUCAUCUUGUAUCAUGCCGUCCAAAUUCACAGAGAACCUUAAACGUCGCAAUCAGUGUAUCAUCUCCCAUCCUAUUAAUCCACCAUACUAUGCACCCUUGGUAGAAAUCAUUCCUGCCCCCUGGACUGACCAGUCCGUGAUUGAUAGGACUAGGACCAUCAUGGAAGCCAUUGGCCAAGUACCGGUCACUCUGAAGAAAGAGGUCCCAGGAUUCGCUGUCAAUAGGGUCCAGUAUGCUAUCAUUGCUGAGGUGUGGAGGCUUGUUGAGGGGGGUGUGCUUUCAGCUGAUGAUGUGGAUAAAGUAAUGUCUGCUGGUCUAGGUUUAAGAUAUGCAUUCCUUGGUCCAUUAGAAGUCAUGCAACUCAAUGCAGAGGGCAUGCACAGCUACAUGGACAGAUACACUAAGGGCAUGCACGAUGUUCUCGGUGACUUCGGCCCCACCCCAACUUUCACUGGGAAGGGCCUGGAACAAAUCGCGAAGGAAAUGAAUGCCAAGAUUCCACUGGAUAAACUUGAAGAACAUCGCAAAGCUAGAGAUACCAAACUUGCCGCCCUUGCCAAGCUGAAGAAGGACUUGGAAAGAGAAGGAAAAUAAGCCUUAUCAAAUUAUGAACCUGUUGCCUACCAAAGUCUUUGAUUCCCUUAUCAUUGGUGAGCUUUUAAAGCAGUGUAAUCCAAAAUCUUAAAAUGUUUAGGACGGCUUGGAUAAAGCUGUUAAAAAAACACCUAAGAAUCAAAAUUGGAUUAUAAACUGAUGAAGAAUCAGAAUAUCUUAAUUUUAAAGAUAAAUUCCAGUUUUGGUUACGAUCUCAAAAUGACUUUUUACAGAAUCUAAUAUAAUGACCACCCAAGUGUCUGUUUGUAUGAAUAAAAGGAUUCUGGGAAUAAUUGUGUAAUUGCUGAGAAAUAAGCAAAAUAAGCACGGAUUCUGUCACUUCCGUCGCGUCUUUAUUCCAGCAUAAUACACUGUCCCACGUAUGCCUAUCUGUGUUGGUGAUCUUCAGUGUGAACGUUUUUCAGCGUAGAUUUCAAGAUUUCACAAAGUUCAGCUUAUGUAACUGUACCAGAUCUAGAUCGUUUACUGCAACUACUGGCAUUUCUCUUUAACAUCUAAGGUAUUUCAAAUUGUAUGAAUUAUUAUUAUAUUCACUGUGAUGAAUAUGGGACAGUGAUUUCAGAUCAUCUUUUCCUGUAGAGAAUCUAGACUUUUGUGCCAUAAUUCAAUGAUAUUCUACGUGAUUAUGAAAUAAAAAGGACAAAUUAAGAAAUGGUGUUGGGAACACAGUGAAAAUGUCAAAUCUAAAUGGCUGUAGCAGGCUUGAUUAACUUCCAUAUUGUUGGCUCCUGGUGGGCAUCUCAGGAAACAGUUGGUGAUCUCGAGUGUUUUAAGCUAGUGAAAUCCUUGCAUUUGAUUGGCUAAGAGCAAUUUUUUUUCAAAUUCCAAUCAGUCUGUUCCUCUGAAUUUUCUGCUUCCAAAGUUGAUUAUCAACUUAACUUAUGAUUCCACUCAGGUUAUUGAUUAUGUUGUGCGAUUUUUGUGGACAUUGGUGUUUGGUUUUAUGUAGGUUUGCAAUAUAUGACACAAUAUGAAGAUAUAUUUACAUUGGAAUAGAUGAUCAGGUACACAAUUUAUCAAUAUUCAUAUUAUAUUGAAGGAUGGCAGUUUUGAUCCUUUUCGAACAAAAGAUCCUACCCAAACUGCUGCAGUGUGUACAAGUGAAAAAGCAUACCUCCCUAUCUCAAUCCAACUUACAGGGGUAUAAAUAGAAAAGAUGCAGACCAUAUUUUUUUCCAUAUUGAAGAAUGACGGUUUCGAUCAGAUCCUAUCCAAACUGCUGCAGUA